AUGGACAGAGACGCAGCUCACUUGGCUGCUGGACGCACCGGCCAUGUUGUCGGGUCGUGGACGGUGGAGUGUGGGAACGGGGCGGUUAGGGCGCUAUACACGAGGCACAGUCUAAUAGACGCCUGGGUGGCCGACAUGGACAGAGACGCAGCUCACUUGGCUGCUGGACGCACCGGUCAUGUUGUCGGGUCGUGGACCGUGGAGUGUAAGAACGGGGCGGUUAGGGCGCUAUACACGAGGCCCUGGCUAAUAGUCGCCUGGGUGGCCGACAUGGACAGAGACGCAGCUCACUUGGCUGCUGGACGCACCGGCCAUGUUGUCGGGUCGUGGACGGUGGGGUGUGGGAACGGGUCCGUUAGCUCGCUAUACACGAGGCCAUGGCUAAUAGUCGCCUGGGUGGCCGACAUGGACAGAGACGCAGCUCACUUGGCUGCUGGACGCACCGGCCAUGUUGUCGGGUCGUGGACGGUGGAGUGUGGGAACGGGGCGGUUAGGGCGCUAUACACGAGGCACAGUCUAAUAGACGCCUGGGUGGCCGACAUGGACAGAGACGCAGCUCACUUGGCUGCUGGACGCACCGGUCAUGUUGUCGGGUCGUGGACGGUGGAGUGUAAGAACGGGGCGGUUAGGGCGCUAUACACGAGGCCCAGGCUAAUAGUCGCCUGGGUGGCCGACAUGGACAGAGACGCAGCUCACUUGGCUGCUGGAUGCACCGGCCAAGUUGUCGGGUCGUGGACAGUAAAGUGUGGGAACGGGGCGGUUAGGGCGCUAUACACGAGGCCCUGGCUAAUAGUCGCCUGGGUGGCCGACAUGGACAGAGACGCAGCUCACUUGGCUGCUGGACGCACCGGCCAUGUUGUCGGGUCGUGGACGGUGGGGUGUGGGAACGGGUCCGUUAGCUCGCUAUACACGAGGCCAUGGCUAAUAGUCGCCUGGGUGGCCGACAUGGACAGAGACGCAGCUCACUUGGCUGCUGGACGCACCGGCCAUGUUGUCGGGUCGUGGACGGUGGAGUGUGGGAACGGGGCGGUUAGGGCGCUAUACACGAGGCCAUGGCUAAUAGUCGCCUGGGUGGCCGACAUGGACAGAGACGCAGCUCACUUGGCUGCUGGACGCACCGGCCAUGUUGUCGGGUCGUGGACGGUGGAGUGUGGGAACGGGGCGGUUAGGGCGCUAUACACGAGGCCCUGGCUAAUAGUCGCCUGGGUGGCCGACAUGGACAGAGACGCAGCUCACUUGGCUGCUGGACGCACCGGCCAUGUUGUCGGGUCGUGGACGGUGGAGUGUGGGAACGGGGCUGUUAGCACGCUAUACACGAGGCCCUGGCUAAUAGUCGCCUGGGUGGCCGAAAUGGACAGAGACGCAGCUCACUUGGCUGCUGGACGCACCGGCCAUGUUGUCGGGUCGUGGACGGUGGUGUGUGGGAACGGGGCUCUUAGGGCGCUAUACACGAGGCCCAGGCUAAUAGUCGCCUGGGUGGCCGACAUGGAUAGAGACGCAGCUCACUUGGCUGCUGGACGCACCGGCCAUGUUGUCGGGUCGUGGACGGUGGAGUGUGGGAACGGGGCCGUUAGCACGCUAUACACGAGGCCCUGGCUAAUAGUCGCCUGGGUGGCCGACAUGGAUAGAGACGCAGCUCACUUGGCUGCUGGACGCACCGGCCAUGUUCGUCGGGUCGUGGACGGUGGAGUGUGA